UAAUAUAUUAGUAUAAAUUUGUAAACAUAUUUUGUAGAUGAAUAUUAUAAAUGAUGAUGACAUUGAAGGUUUCCUGCUUGAUAUUCCUAGUGAUGGUGAAAGUUUCUCUGGUGGUUCUGAACUAGAUGAUAGUGAUAAUGAUAAAACAUAUACGCCAAGAAACACUAUAUUACAUGUAUCAGCUAGUUCAAGUGAUUCAAAUGAUGAGGAGUAUUAUCAUAAUCAAUUACCUACACCCCCAGCUAACCCUCAAACCUCUAGAAAAUCUAGAACAAUUAGUAAGCCGAAUCAAGCAGUACCAUCAUUUGAACCUCCAUAUACACCUCCUUUAUGGGGAAAAUCAGAAUUAAUGCCUUCAGUUGAAUUAUUUUCUGAUGAUUUGCCUUGUGGACCAGCCGAAAUUUUUGAAGAGCUUGAAGAUAAAUCCCCUUAUAAUAUAUUUUGCCAAAUAUUUGAUAAAAACUUGAUUGAUCACAUAGUUUUUCAAACAAACCUGUAUGCUACACAGAUAGGAAAACCAUUUACACCUACUUAUGAUGGUGAAAUUAGAGUGUUUAUUGGGUUAAAUAUGUGCAUGAGUGUUAAACGUCUUCCAAGCUAUCGGGACUAUUGGUCUAGUGCACCAUAUUUACACGAUGAGUAUAUAUCAAGUAUGAUGAGUGUAAAAAGAUUUAGUUGGCUUCUAUCACACAUCCAUUUCAAUGACAAUCAACUUCUACCAAAACGUGGGGAAGCUAACUAUGACAAACUAUAUAAAAUUCGGCCAUUAUUGGAUUAUAUUGGUGUUAUAUGCCCACCACUAUAGAGACUAUAGAGACGCUUGUUUUACAUAAUAUAAUAACGCCUGUAUGUAGGCGUCUUAUCGCAGAUAUGUUCUUAUGCGUGACAAGACUAUAGUAUCGGUCCUGUCGGCAAUUUAGUCUUGAACCCGACUCAUUCGAGUUAAGUAGUGUGCUUGUAGUAUAAAUUAUAUUUCUUAAAACUAAUAAAGUAUAAUAUUCUCAUUUAAAUCUAAAA